GUGGUAUGUACCAUCAUGGUCUCUACGAUAGGUACAUUUCCCUACGAAGUCAAAGAUGAUCAUUUCUACUUUGCAUUUAUAAAACACAGUUUCUUCGCGUGUGGAUUAAUAUAUGUGGAUGAAUUCAUCUGAAAAUCUGUCGUCAACUCAACUUCGCCCGUUGUACUGUCCGUUGCAUUAGAUUGUGCCCCCGGGAUCCCUUUUUGAAGGGGCAUUGUGCCUUGAUCCUUCGCUGCUACCUUUCUAACGGGAUUCAUUUUGCCCCGGCUAUAUGAUAACCACAGCAUGGAAUGAGGCUGGAUAUUUGAAUUGAUUGAAACAGCGAAUUGCACUACUGCAGUAGAGAUGACAAGAACAUAGGAGGAAUUGAACCAACAUUUAAGGUGUGGUAGCCGUGGUCUCCCAGGAUGCCGUUGGUGAAGAGGAGUAUCGAGCCCAGGCACCUGUGCCACACAGUGCUGCCGCGGGCCAUUAAGAAUGAGCUGGAGUGUGUGACCAAUGUGUCCCUAGCUAACGUCAUACGACAGCUCAGCAGCCUCAGUAAGUAUGCAGAGGACCUGUUUGGGGAGCUAUUCAACGAGGCCCACUCCUUCUCCUUCCGGGUCAACUCCCUGCAGGAGCGCGUGGACCGCCUCUCUAUCAGCGUCACACAGCUAGAUCCUAAAGAGGAGGAGCGUGAGUACCGCGCACACACACACACACACACACACACACUCAUACAGUAGUCCUUACACGUAGAC